UUAUCUCUUCUAAUUCUAAAAUUCAAAAUGCCAACCCUUUCUUUCUCCACCCACUUCUCUCAUCGGGCAUCAAGAAGCCCUUUUCUGAAGUUGCCCUCCAGCCGAGAGAAUCCCUAAAAGGCCCUAUUUUCCUCUGCCACUCUCAAUCCUCGCAGUGUCAUUUUGAGAACACGGGGAACACGGGGAACUGUGAGGGGUCUGCGGAGCAAAAAUUCACAAUUUGAUACCCCGGAGACGCUGCGGAGGGAGAAGCGAAUCGAAAAACCGCAAUUUCGCAGACUCAGAGAUUGUGCCGACUAUGCUCUUUGUUUAUCUUCCUAGAAACCGUGAUUUAUUGACGCUGCGAUUUGGUUGAAAAACCAAAUUUUUGGCGAUAUUUUGCCUUUUGGAUGUUGUAAUCCCUUUUGCGUUGCAUGUUUUAUAGUUGACGACGGUAUGACUUAUGAUUUUGGUUUUGGAAGACAUUGUCCUAAGAGAACAGUUUCAGCAAUCUUUGGCUUUUCAUGUGACUGUGCUUUUCAUGCAUGAUUCAUGCGCAGGAGGGAGAGCACAGAUGCGGAAAAGGGAGAAAAAUGGGUACGAAGAUGUUGUUGCUAAGUGUAGCAAUGCGAAGUUUGAUGUUGGGAAAAUUGUUGACAAUGUUGAUUCCGAUGUUUCAUUGAGGCGCAUUAAGAGAAUUAUAUUAUCAGUAAAGAAGCCAUCCUAUAUUCGUAGGCUUCGCUCAGGUAAAUUACGACAUGAAGUUCGGUGUAGAUUACAAUAUCUUCUUAGUAAGCUUGUGGACCGGCACAAUUGGAAAGAAGCAAGUGGUGUACUAGGCAUGCUAUUAAAAGGAACGUGCAAGGACACUUCUCCCAUGAAUAAUCGGGUGAAAUAUUGGGUCACAAUGGAGCUUCUCAAGCAUAUAGAAAGUGACCACAUCAACCCUACAAGGAUUAAGCGCAUCUAUGAAACUUGGAUGAGAAGGAUUGGAUCAAUGAAAAAAUGGCCAAUUGAGGACAGAUUUGCAGUUCAAUUGGAGUACAUCCUUUUUUGUCUCACACAAGGUAAUAUCGAGGAAGCACACCAGGCUGCUAUAUGCCUCAUGCAAGAACGUGAUUUUGGGAGUGGCCCAAUUUUAAAUUUGGUUGUUGGAUUGGCAUUUUAUCAGCUGUGGUAUUUCACUAUCCCAAAAGAGAUGCAGCUGAGAGAUUUAGGUGAGUCGUGCACCCCUACGGAAUCAGAGAUGUCAGCAACAAGAUUCAGCAAUACUGUUGGAAACUCAGAGGGUUAUAGUGCAAUUGAUGUUCUCAAGGAAGAGUACUCCUCUGAGAGUGAUUCAGAAACCUCUGUUAGGAAUGAUAAAGGAAAUGCUGUUAAUGCUAAUAUUGAUCUACAUAGAGAGCUUUCCGAGGGGAUUAAUGAUAACCUACGGAGUGAAAAAUCCUUUCCCCAGCCUCAAGACUUCUACAUGAAUUCUGCUGGAAAUACUGGACAUGAAGAAACCUCUUUUCCUUAUGAUGGUGACAAUAUUACGCAACUUGCUUCCAUUUUCUCUGGACAUGAGAGAUGGGAUUCAUGGUUGUUGCCUCUACGGUUACCGCACUCAAAUGCAAAUUUUGAGGACUUAAUCCAUUUGCAUAGGGAGCUAAUCAAUGACUAUUAUAAGAGUGCAGUGAAGUAUUUAAAGCUUGCCCUUUACUCAACGCCUCCGAUAUUGGCUGCGCUACUUCCAUUCAUACAGUUGUUGCUGCUUGGAGGUCAAGUUAAGGAGGCCCUAAAUGAGCUUGAGAAGUUCUCCCACAAUUCAAACGCAACACUUCCUAUUAGAUUGAGGGCUAGUGUUCUGGAGCAUUUUGAUCGUGAAAACUGUGUGGGGCUCUCAACCUGCUUCGAGGAUAUUCUGAAGAAAGAUCCAACAUCUUCCUACUCAUUGGCUAAGCUUAUCAGCAUUCAUCAAAAUGGGGACUAUGAUGCUGCGUCGCUGUUGGAAAUGAUAGCUUUACAUUUAGAUGCUACCUAUGCAGAAUUCGACAUAUGGAGAGAGUUUGCUUUAUGCUUCCUCAAGCUUUCUCAAUGUGAGGAAGAUCGAAUGUCAGUUUGUCUUGAUGGAAAUGAAGGCAAACACAAGCCGAAGUAUGCUGUUCGCUUCAAUAGGAUUCCUAACAUAUUUAUUGAGGGAAAAUCAGGAAAGACUUGGAGAUUUCGCUGCAGAUGGUGGUUGACACGUCACUUUGGCAAGAACAUAAUCAAUUCUGAAGUUGCAGCAGGCAAGUUGGAACUCCUAACCUACAAAGCAGCCUGCGCAUUGCAUAUGUACGGACAAGGGUUUGAAUAUGUUGUAGGUGCUUAUAAUUGUCUGGACAAGGAAAAAAACAGGGAUAUGUUGUUGUUCUUGCAGAUGCACAUGCAUACUUCUACUGGAUUCUACUCAUAUUUUGGAGAGAGAACUAAAUGAAAAGAUAACUCGUCUCUGGAAGAGGUGAUUUCUUCCACUUGGUGAGUUACAUUUUCUUGGCUAA